AUUAAAGUCAGUACUUUUGAUUCUAAUUUUGAUAAGAGAUUUUUCUCUUAUCUAUAAAAUCUACCAAGGUACUCUUGUGCUUCAUUAUAGCCACUAUAGCAAUUUAACAAUUAAUAUGUUAUUUUAUGGUGUAUUGGAAGAACUAUAACGUUUAAGAAGAGUCUUAUCUGAGGUACACUGGCAUGAAAAUUUAUAUUAUACAGCAUCUUUAUACACUACAACAACAUCAUGUUUUAGAUGUGAAAAUAUUCAAACAGAUCAUAUAAAGUAUUUUUUUAAAUAUCUGCAUUAUAAUUAAUGUUUAUUUUUCUUCCUUCUGUAGCAAAGGUGAAAACACUAUGGAAAAUCGAUCAACUUUUACCACAUUCACUCUGAAUGGCUACUAUGUAAUGGACCAACAGAAGCAUUUCUUUUUUAUUAUUUUUCUCCUACUCUAUGCUACAAUUGUUAUCUUAAACUCACUUCUCAUUGCUGUGAUCUAUUUUGAAAGAACACUGCAUAAUCCAAUGUAUAUCUUUGUAUGCAAUCUGUCAUGUAAUGGCAUCUAUGGCAGCACAAGCUUGAUUCCUCAUCUGUUAUUUAAUCUCACUAUUGAGGAGCAUAAGAUAUCUUUAACAAAUUGUUUCAUACAAAUAUACUGUUUACACACUUAUAAUAUCAUUGAACUAACUAUAUUGGCCUUAAUGAGCUAUGAUCGUUAUGUUGCUAUUUGUUACCCACUUCACUAUCAUUAUAUGAUGUCGACAAAAAAGAUGCAGGCAUUUAUAUUUUUUGCAUGGUCUUAUCCAUUAGUUACUUUUCUGAUAUAUGAGUCAUUCACGAUGCGCUUAAACUUUUGCAGAGAAAUUAUAGAUAAAACACACUGUGUCAAUUUUGAACUCAUAAAACUAUCUUGCACAGACAUCACUAUCCACAGCCUAAUUGGACUUGGUACAAUGGCUUUUUACCUUAUUCCACAGGUUCUAAUAAUUUUAUUCUCUUAUGCAUUGAUUUUGCGUGUUUGCAUCUAUUCUUCAAAGGAAUCCCAAACCAAAGCCCUCCAAACAUGUACGCCUCAUCUUCUUACUGUUUUGAAUUAUUUUGUCGCAGUAUUUUUUGAACUAAUACAAAGUCGGCUAAAUUCAAGGUAUUUGUCUUACGAUUUCCGAAAUUUCAUGUCUUUAUAUUUUAUGAUAUUUCCUCCUCUGUUAAAUCCAGUUAUCUAUGGCAUGAGUGGUCAGGUUAUAAAGAAACAUAUUCAAAAUUUUUUCUUUGUUAAAAAAGUGUCUGCCUUAAGAUAUUAAGACAGGGUGAAAAAAUUCACAAGCUGUUCUUAUCUCUGUUUUGUCUUUUAUUUUUCCAUUAUUAUUCAUUGAGGACCAAUUAUGUUUCUUCUACUGUAUAUGGAUAUCCAAGUAAAAAUGACUUUAAUUUAAUUAACUCGCAAAUGCAUUGCUUCUAAGAGCCACUUUUAAUCGUAACCUUUCAGGCCAGUUUUAACAUUUUUGCAUGUUAUUGCCUGUGAAAUACUUCAGAUGCAUUUUUGUUAAACCUGAUGUUUAACUGAGCUCUUGUAGAAUUAAAUUUGUUUGAAUUGUCAUUUAUUUCCUUUCACAUAUUUAGCUGUUCUUUGUGCUUCUUGAUAUAUUAUUUUAUUUAUUCUCUAUUUUGGUUGACAAUUAACUCAUCUACAGGGCACAAGGAAUGUUUAGGUUGACCAAAUUGAUGUCAUAUUUUUCUGGUGCCUUUUAGUGGCCCAACAUCUUUUUAAGACAUUAUUUUACUUGCCAUCUAUCAUCUCUUUAUACCUGUGUUCAUUUGUAGUUGUUUUUAGUAUCAAUGUUACAAUAAAAAAGAGAAAAUGUAGCAAAUGUUAGUACAAUCGCAGUGUUCAUGUUUUGGACCACACAGAACUACACUAUAUAACAUAUGUUUUGUCCACACCUGACUGUCACUUCUUUACCUUUCCCUAAACAUCACAUUU